CAGGGCCUCAUGCACUAAACCUUUUCUGCACCAUUUCAUUAACCAUUAACCUUAUUCACCAAUAGCUGCCAACAGUAGUUUCAAUGAGGUUUCACAUGUAUAUGACUGUGGUGCGAUUAUUCCUGUUACAAGGGACUCAUGAAUAGUUAAAUCUUGUUUUUUCCUUAUUCACAAAUAAUUUCACCAGAUGCAAUGGUCUUUUUACCUACUGGGACCGUGCAGAUUUUGGCGGAAGUUUAUUUGUUUUUUCCUUUAUGUUGGAAUGCUUACUAUGGCUCUUGUGUAUCAGAAGAAGACGUCAGCCACUGAGACAGUGCCAGCACCAUGCACCUUUACCAAGAGGAUUUCUGUCUAGAAUCAGCACUCUUGAUUUCCCAGACAAUUAAAUAAUAGCUAACUACUGACUAAACAGAGAAGUUCUUUUAAAUUUGUGUCAAGAAUUAGUGGAGGAUUUACAAUAACAAACUGAAAGAAGCAGUACUCUGUCAAAGGAAAGUGGCAGCUGCAUUCCAUUUCUAUGCAACUGGUAACUUGCAAAUGGCUUGUCAGUCUUCGUUUUCAAGGGUGAUUGUCUGAAUCUCUUGUGAAAAGAGCAGAUACUCAACAUACUGAACAACUACAAGAAGUCAAACAAGCCUUAUUUUAACAUAAGUGGAUUACCUAGGUUGAUCGGUGCAAUAGACUGCAUGGGAUUUUCUUUUUCAUUCCCUGUGUGACUGUACAUGACAGCAUGACGGCCCUUCAGUGGCAUUUCGGUACUUUCCUGUGACUUCACUGAAGUGUAGUACCUGUGUCGAAUCGUCCCAAACCACGAAUUGUGAGGCUGAAGAAAGAUGCCACAGGCUCUUCCAAAGAGUCAAGCACCACUGCAUUCUUAAGCAGACCCUGCCAGCUGCCUGUGCCUGUUUAUACAACAAUGCUGCUUUCUGUCUUUUUGUGAACCUUUAAUAUCUUGCCAACUUUUGUUUUAACUCGAGUCAUGUUUCUUUACACAAAAUACACUGCAUUAAUGUUGCUUGUGAUUUCCAUGUUUUUCCUUUUUCUGUCAGACUUAUAGCUUUCUGAACCAAGUAAUCUUUUAUAAUAACAGGAAAAUGACUCAUUGGGCACUUCAGAUUCUUUCAGUGCAAUCUUUCGGAAUGUUGUGCCUCCUUCGAAGAUUUUUUCCCCACCUUUUCACCUACACGUGAUAUGAAUGAGCAUAUAGGGCUUCAUUUAGAAAGGGCGCUAAACUUUAUGGUGCUUGAUAACUGCGCUGUAUUCACAUGGUAUUUACUGAAGGACAUUCAUUUUAGUGAGCGCAUUAAAGUGAUCAUUUAUUAGUGCGUAUGGGAACCAGGCUUUAACCACUGAUAGGCGUUUUUCUGGCCUGAAAACAAGUGAUGUGCAGCUAGAUUAUUUUUACUGACUAGAUUAGUUUGAUUCAUUCAGUUUAGUGAAUCAAUUCAACAGAUUUGUUUGUUUGAUUCACUGAUUCACUAUAAAUGCAUCUUGCUGAAUUACUUGGUUAUUUGUUUGAAUGGAAAAAUCUGACAGCAAAGGCCAUUUAAGUUAAGACUGUUCACUUGGUGGUCUGCACCGUAAAAAAAUAAAAUUAUAUAUAUAUACUGUAGCGGAUGCACCUGCCUGCAUUAACCGAGAUCGCUACAAUAUAUACACAUUAUAAUGUAUGUGAAAAUGUCUAUAUAAAUAUACUCAAAUACACUACUUUACACAAAACACAUUACUCCCACUGCACAAUUCCUAGUCAAUAAGUAUGCAGGCACGGUUUCAAUCAAUUAAUCAACAUAUUAAUGUAUUUUAUAGUACAGGAAUAGGCUAGAAGCGGCUUUCCUAGAACACUGACAACUCAAUAUCACAAAUGUAACAUAAUGGGAAAGAAGAGUAUUUUAUUUUAAUGGAACAAUAAAAAAAAUGUCAGAGUAUAUAUGCUAAGUCUCAAUAUUUAACAAUAUAUAACCUUUUUAACAGCAGUGGAAAUAAAGAUACUGACAAGCUGUGAAAAUGCGAAUUAGUAAAGAGUGCCACUGAGAAAUGAACCUUUUUAUGACUUCUGUCUGGACACAUGAUAACAAUGCUCAUUGCCUGUUCUAAUUCUGCAACUUUUCCACAUAAUGCCUGUUGAUGCAGAAUCCAGUGUAAGAAAAUGGGUUCUUCUGCAUUUCUUUCUUUCAUUUUUUCCAGCACUCUGCUAGCCAGUUCACUCUUUUGUCCAGUCAUAAGAUGCACCCUCUGUUAUAAUCCCGGUUACUUUCUUCCAAGGUAAUUCUGCACUUUCCAUGGCUUCUUGAAGUUAAAAACAAAGUCCUUUCCUGUGGUUGUGUUGUUCAUGGCAUCCACAGCACUUUUCAGAAAAAACCUUUCGUUGACUCCAUAGCUCCUUUCAUUUCCAGGAAAAUCUAAAUACGUUGCGUUGUGCAGCGUGUCAUAGUGACGUUGUUUGUUUGAAUCUUUCAUAACUGCAACCGUUGCACUACAAAUCAGACAUGUUGCCUUGCCGUCAAAAUUAUUCAUUGAACAAAUAAACAUCUGGCUAACGAUUUUGGAAUCUUCUGUGUUCUGCCUCCACCUUUCACUUCCGUGACAUCUCCAACUACUUUUUGGCAACUGAUUUUAAAUUUUACACGAAGUAAAAUAAAUAAGUUUAAACAAGCCUUUGCUUCACUAUCCUAAUCACAAUGAUGUGUGCUGUGUGUGAGGAAACGGAUCCCGUGUGCUAUUUGAUUGGCUAUUUUACUCACUCUGAGCUAUGAUUGGCUUAAUGGGAAUGUGACUCAUACAAUGCAGACUGCACAUGCUGAAUACGCGUGUUAUCUUAGAGACGGGUUGUUUUAAACAAGAAUUCCAAAACGAUGCAGUACAAUAACAUUUUAGAAACUAAUGGGUGCGCCAUAUGCAUUAAAGGAGAAAGGAAAAAAGCUUGUUUUUGUUGUUUACAUCAGACAAGGAAUACAAAAUUAAAUGAAAUUAAAUGGUAAGCAGUGCAGUUUCACUUUACGUUGUCUCUGCCUGUCCCCUGCUGAGUGCUGUGUCUGUUGAUCUUUUUCGGUCAGUGUAAGCCACCUCCACCUUCACAAUAAACUACUAACCAAAAGAUAUACCAGGACUGGUGGGGCUUUUGAUAUUGUAGCGAUCUUGGUUCCCGCAGGCAGGCGCAUCACACAGGGCGAGGCAAUCCCCACACAGGCGGAGGGCGGGCACGAACCCGGGACCUCUCGCACUAAAGCAUAGCGCCGAUACCGCUGUACAAAAGAGCCAGCUCCCUUGCAAGGAGCACAUAUUGGGCUUAUGUCUUUGUGUGUGAUUACGUCACCGACCAGCUCUGGUGCUGCCUUCCCCCGUGCACGCUACAAUAUCAUGGUCACGGGUUGUGAAGUUUUCAAAGACAUUUGAACUUAUGUCUCCUCUGUGCUGCACUGACCUUGAAAUCAGCCAGCAUGGAGAAGCUAUCCUGCUCUGAUUGGCUGAUAAACAACAGCAUUGCUGAGCUAGUGGCAUCCACUGGUCUUCCAGUGAACAUCAGCGAUGUUUGUCAGGAUCCGCGGUUUGAAGCUGAGACAGACCAGGCAUCUGGGUUUCAUAUUCGUUCGGUACUCUGUGUGCCAAUCUGGAACAGAACUCAUCAAAUUAUUGGGGUUGCUCAGAUUCUCAACCGACUGGACAGAAAAACCUUUGAUGAUGCAGAUCAAAGGCUUUUUGAGGCUUUCGUCAUAUUCUGUGGUCUUGGGAUUAACAACACCAUGAUGUACAACCAGGUGAAAAAGACGUGGGCUAAGCAGUCUGUUGCACUUGACAUGCUGUCUUAUCAUGCCACUUGCUCAAAGACAGAGGUGGACAGGCUGAAGGCAGCGAAAAUUCCUUCAGUGAGCGAGCUAGGAAUUGAUGAAUUUCACUUCAACGACUUUUCCCUUGACAAAGAUGCAAUGAUAACAGCUUCACUACGGAUGUUUUUGGAGCUGGGAGUCGUUCAGAAAUUCAAAAUUGACUAUGAGGUUCUGUGUCGCUGGCUACUCACAGUGAGAAAGAAUUAUCGUACAGUUGCAUACCAUAACUGGCGCCACGCCUUUAAUGUUUCUCAGUGCAUGUUUCUUAUAAUUACAACGGCCGGUUUUCAAGAGGUCCUUUCAGACACAGAAAUCUUGGCUUUGAUGGUUGGUUGUCUCUGCCAUGAUCUUGACCACAGAGGUACCAACAAUGCCUUCCAGGCAAAGAGUGGGUCUGCACUGGCUCAACUGUACGGAACCUCAGCCACACUGGAGCACCACCACUUCAACCAUGCUGUGAUGAUACUGCAGAGCGAGGGUCACAAUAUUUUUGCUAAUCUUUGCUCCAAAGAAUAUAGCAGCAUGAUGCAGUUACUUAAACAAGCCAUCUUGUCCACUGACCUCACCUUGUAUUUUCAACAGAGAACUACAUUCUUUGCGGCUGUGGAAGCUGGUGAAUACGGCUGGAAUAAUGAGGAACACAGAGAAGUUCUCAGAUCUAUGCUUAUGACAGCAUGUGAUUUAGGAGCUGUGACACGACCCUGGGAAAUCUCAAAGCAGGUUGCUGAAUUAGUUACGAGUGAGUUCUUUGAACAAGGAGACAGAGAGAGGGCAGAACUGAAGCUAACACCCUCUGCCAUCUUUGACCGGAACAGAAAAGAUGAGCUGCCUGGAUUGCAAUUAGAGUGGAUUGAUGGGAUCUGCAGGCCGCUGUAUGAGGCACUGGUGAAACUGAAUGUCAAGCUGCAGCCCAUGAUGGAUGGGAUCAAUGCUAACCGUAGGAAAUGGGAGGAGCUUUAUUUGUCCUACCAACAGUCCCACAGGACACAACCUGAAUCUUGAGGCAUUGAAACAGCAAAAGUCAUUUUUUGGCGGAGCAAACCCACUGUAUUCUUUAUGUUCAUGGCAGCUGAUAUGAAAUAAUGGGCCUUAUUCACAUAGCUUUAACUCCUGAGUUAUUUAAAGACAUUCUUUUUUUUUAAAAUAUGUUUUGAUUAAUUAAAUCAAAUUUCACAUGGAAGAAACAUUUCUCGAUUGUUUCUGAAUAUGUAAGAAAAAAGUAUUUACUUCAUUUAAACACACAAAACAGUUUUUACAUAACUCACAUGUAACCCGACAGUACUUGCACACUUAACUUGUAUCUUUUUUCCUUUGCCUGUGCUUCCAUUCCCAUUAAUUCUCCAUUGUGAAUAAGUUAUAGGGAGGGCUUCUGAUUUUUGUUUUUAACCGAUAAAAAAUGAUAAAACACCCCCGAUACAAAAAACUGAAAUCCGCGUAUAGCCAAUAAACACCAGGGACAAAAACGGAAAAACUGGAAGUGGUUACUCAAUUCACAUUGACCACCCCUUUCCUAUUAAAAAAAUAAAACCUACUACAAAAAAAAAUUAAAAAAACUACAUUUCCCAGUGCAGCUGGGCGAUGUCCCUCCUUCCUUCCUGUAUCUAUCAUUGAUUUGUUCUGAAUACUUUAAACCCACCCCAACUACUGAGUGACAGCACAUUCCUACAUUUUUAUUGGAAACACUGCGUGCAAGAUUUAAAAUGAGAUUAUAAUUAAGAAUGGAGACUUGUUUUAAAAAAGAAUUGCAAAUUGUGGAGAAAUGUAAAAAAAUGCUUACACUCAAAACCCCCAGAAGAAUGUGCCUGUGACCAUAAGGAUUUUGUUAUGGAACACAGCAAAGGAAAAAAGGUACAACUUAAGUGUGCAAGUACUGUCGAGUUUACUAUUAUACAUAUUUUGACAGAAAAAAACGGCCAAGAAUUUUGGAAAGUAACCAAAAACACUAAUUUCAUACUGUAUAUAUAAUCGAAAGCCCCGAAAAAAGAAAAAAACACGAUUUACAUAAAACUCGAAAAUAGCUAAAUAUAAGCACCAAAAAAUGAAAUUAAUAAAAACUGUGAAACAGAAGCCCUAGUCAUAGGUUAUACACUGCUAAAUGGCUGUUCUCAAUAUUAGUUUGUAAUGUAAUUGUAACAUGACAAUUUGAAAAGGGGAGGUUACCCUACUUUCAGUGCUUAGCUCAACGUAUCUCGCAUUGUUCCUGUUAUCCACCAUGCUGAUAUCAAUAGAAAUAAAUAAAGUACAUAAAAACAAGGUAACAAAACAUAUGGACAUUAUAAAUAAAAUACCGAAAGUCUUUUCAUGAGGCAUC